GGCUUCGCGCCCCGCGGCGGCGGCACCCCCGACGCCAACAGCCUGCCGGCCGCCGGGAAGGCCGCCGGCGCCUCCGGGCACCAGCCGCCGCCGGGGCUCGUGUACCCGUGCGGCGCCUGCCGCAACGAGGUCAACGACGACCAGGACGCCAUCCUGUGCGAGGCGUCAUGCCAGAAGUGGUUCCACCGCGAGUGCACGGGCAUGACGGAGAGCGCCUACGGGCUGCUCACCACCGAGGCGUCGGCCGUGUGGGCCUGCGACUACUGCCUCAAGACCAAGGAGAUCCAGUCCGUGUACGUGCGCGAGGGCCUGGGCCAGCUCGUGGCGGCCAACGAGGGCUGAGCGGCCCCGCGCGCCGCCCUCGCC